AUGUCUGAAUUAUGCUUGUCAAACACUCCCAAGAAGACUUCUAGUCCCCUUCUCUCUGAAUUGCUCUUCUUUUUCUCUUUCAUUCUCUCUCACCCUAUCUACUUGUCUUACUUCAUCUUGUUCUCACCCUACCUUCUCAAGCUUCUCUCAUUUCUCUCUCCUCUUUUCAUCACCACCUCCCUCCUCCUCCUCUCUCUUCUCUCCCUCUCUCCAGGCCUCCUCCAUCUCAACAACCCUCCUCACCAUUUCUCUCAAUCCAAACUGGGUUUCUUUUUCCUCCUCUCCACAGCAUACAAUGCACUUAUACAGAGACUAAUUUCGUCGAACACAGACAACACUGAAGAACACCAACAGUCUCAUCAUCAUCAUCCCUUUGAGGACCUUGAAGCAUUCAAAAUCGUUUUCGACAUUUCAACUUUCUACUCAACAGAGAAUGCAGAUCAAGUGUUUGAGUUUAAAUCCGACCAAGAAAAUAGCUUCGAAUCGCCUCUUCUCAAGUCAUCCAUUGAUGAGUGCUCUGGUUUGAGUACACUUGAAUCGUUGUUUGCUGAUUUAGAAGAGAGAACAGUCGAAAUUGAUUCGCGACAGAUCAGUGAAACUGAUCAGUCUAUCAAGGAAACAGAGAGAUUAGAAGGUGUGGAAGAGAAGAAGAACAAAGCUGAGCUAGCACCGAGCACCAAGUCCGAGAAAGUCCAAGUUUCAUUGGUGAGAAGCGAAUCCGAGGCAAUUAAAGCGAGUUCUGACAGUGGUGGACAACAGAGACAGACUACUUCCCAAAGAAUUCAUGGGAGUGUCAACAUCUCGGACAAUGGUGGAGAGGACACUUUGAAAUUGUUGGAAAGUCAGAGUUCCCAAACAUUGGAUUCGAGUUUUGGGAGCUACGGAUCGCUGAGGAGAGAGAAAGAUUGGAAAAGGACAUUGGCGUGCAAGCUUUUCGAGGAGCGACACAAUGUGGAUGGUGUCGAAGGGAUGGAUUUGCUUUGGGAAACGCACGAAAUUGAUUCGAAGGCCAAGCCGAAUAACAAGAACAAGAACAAGAGCAAAAAGAAAAAGAAAGGCGGGUCCGAUUACUACUACGAGGACGAUAAUGGUGAUGAUGGUGAUGAAGGGGAAGAGGACGUGGAUGCGAAAUUGUGUUGUUUGCAAGCUCUGAAAUUCUCAGCAGGGAAGAUGAAUUUGGGGAUGAGGAAGCCUAAUCUUGUAAAGAUUUCCAAGGCAAUCAAAGGGAUUGGAUUGUUUUACAAGCAUGGCAAAAAGGGGUACAAUUAA